UUUAGGGUUUCUGUUCUACAAAAUCACACAUUUCACACUCCGUAUUCGAAAACGAUGGUCUAUAUUCACCCAGCAGUGUUUCGAGUUUAGUGUCGAGAAGUUUGAAGCGAAGUUUAAAAAAUGGUGGUGAGGAUCAGAUUAUCAAGGUUCGGAUGCAAGAACAGGCCUUUCUAUCGAGUUAUGGCCGCCGAUAGCAGAUCUCCUAGAGAUGGCAAGCACUUGGAAGUCUUGGGUUAUUACAACCCGUUACCAGGUCAGGAUGGUGGUAAGCGAAUGGGUCUUAAUUUUGACAGAGUGAAGUAUUGGCUAUCUGUUGGUGCCCAGCCGUCAGAUCCUGUUCAGCGCCUUCUUUUCAGAGCAGGGUUGCUACCCCCACCACCGAUGCUGGCAAUGGGACGCAAAGGUGGGCCACGAGAUACCCGCCCAAUUGAUCCAAUGACUGGACGCUAUUUGACACCAGAGAAGGCAGGCAAUGCUGAGCAACCAAAUGACUCUGAAGGAGAUGAUGAUGAAGACGAUGCAACCUCGUGAAACUUUAUACAACUUAAGCUUUGAAGAUCCAAGAUUCAAGAUGGUUUAGUUUAGAUAUGCUAGAAUCGUGGAAGGGUGGUUUGUUGUAGCAUAACUUAUGAAAACUCCUACCAUCUUGAGGGACAGCAGCAGCUUGUCUUGAACUACUUGAAAGUAUCCAUUUUCAUUAUUCUUGUCACACACUGUAUUUGGAAAAUCACCUACGCAAUUCUCGUACUAAUUAUCCAUAGCAGCUUGCAACUA